AUGGGAAAGGCUGCAUCAAAAUUGUCCAAAGACGACCUCAAAAGACUUCAAGAAAAUACAUACUUUGAUAAACGAGAACUCCAGCUGUGGUACAAAGGGUUUUUGAGAGAUUGUCCUAGUGGCCAACUAACUGAAGAGGAUUUUGCAAAGAUUUAUCAACAAUUUUUCCCCUUUGGCGACCCAAAAGACUAUUGUCAUUAUCUAUUUCUUCAAUUUGAUCAAGAUAAUUCCAACUUCAUCGACUUCAAAGAGUUCAUUUUAGCAUUUAGCAUUACCAGUCGUGGAAAGAUUGAGCAGAAAGUAACGUGGUCGUUUGAUUUCUAUGACUACAAUAAAACGGGGAAACUAAGAUAUAAUGACAUAGUACCAGUAAUAAGUGCAACGUACAAGAUGAUAGGUCCCAUGGCUGCAUUACCUCCAGAUGAGCUGACUCCCGAAUUAAGAGCAGAGAAAUGGUUUACGCUAUUGGGGAAAAACAAAGAUACAGAUGUAAUAACACUUGAUGAUUUUAAAAGGUUGGCUGAGAUUGAUCCGCUGAUUAAGGGUGCGUUGGCUGAGUAUCUGGAUUUAGUAUGA